UGCAGACAGAGAGGCCGCCAGCUUGGUCUGCCUCCUCACCUCCGCCAGCAUCUCUGAGCUAUGAACCAAACCAGAGAUUUUCAGGGAGGAAAAGCUUUUGGACUGCUGAAGGCCCAGCAGGAAGAGAGACUGGAUGAGAUCAACAAGCAAUUCCUGGAUGAUCCCAAAUAUAGCAGUGAUGAGGAUCUGUCCUCCAAACUGGAAGCCUUCAAGAAUAAAUACAUGGAGUUUGACCUGAAUGGAAAUGGAGAUAUCGAUGUCAUGUCCCUGAAGCGAAUGCUGGAGAAACUUGGGGUUCCCAAGACCCACCUAGAGCUGAAGAAAUUAAUUGGGGAGGUGUCCAGUGGCUCUGGGGAGACAUUCAGCUACCCUGACUUUCUCAGGAUGAUGUUGGGAAAGAGAUCUGCCAUCCUAAAAAUGAUCCUGAUGUAUGAAGAGAAAGCAAGAGAACAAGAAAAGCCAAUGGGUCCUCCAGCCAAGAAAGCCAUCUCUGAAUUACCCUGAUUUUGGGGAAAAGGGGAUGUAGUGGAAUUAAAGGGGAUUCUAAUGACCCAGACAUAGACAAAGACCACAAAAUUGUGAGCCAGAAUCAAACUAAAUAAAUUAUCCUCUCCUCCUGGUCAAA